AUGGACACGAUCAAGAAAGCCCUCUCCAGCAACACGUUUGACCCGGACACGGAGAUUCCAGAUCUAAGCGGCAAGGUCUAUGUCGUCACGGGCGGCUCAGCAGGCAUUGGCUUCGGCAUCGUCGCGCACCUCGUCCAGCACAACGCGCAGAAGAUCUACCUCCUCUCGCAGAGCGAACAGCACGCCGCCGAGGCUCAGGACGCGCUCACGCACUGGGGCGACGCCACCCGCGUCGAGUGGCGGCAGUGCAACCUCGAGUCGUUCCGGCAGACGGACGAGGUCGCGCGGGCGCUGGCCAGGGAGCUCGACCGCCUCGACGCCCUCAUCUGCAACGCGGGGCUCGGCGUCGGCGUUUACAGCGAGAGCGAGGACGGCGUGGACACGCACAUGCAGGUCAACCACUUCGCCCAGGCCCAUCUGAUGCUCACGCUGCUGCCCCUCCUGCAGAAGACGCCCGACUCGCGCCUCGUCGCCCAGUCGUCGGACCUGCACCGCCCGGCCAGCAGCGCCAUCCAGUUCGCCUCUGUCGAAGAGAUGAACCAGGACAUCGGCGCCAUGCAGCUGUACAACCGCACCAAGCUCGCCCAGGUCGUCUUCCUGCGUGAGCUGCUGCUGCGCAUCAAGGCGGGCCAGUUUGGCACCGUCACCGGCACCACCGGCCUGCCCUGGAUCAACGCGACACACCCGGGCGCCGUGGUGACGGACCAGCAGGACCAGGCCAUCGAGGCCUACGGCGCCCUCGGCAAGAUCGGCGUCGCCGCAGCACGCCCGCUCAUGAAGGACCCUGUCAAGCAGGGCUGCCGUCCCAUCCUGUUUGCCUCGACCCACCCGGACAUUGUCAAGGAGCAGGUCCAGGGCGGCUACAUCGUCCCCGACCGCAAGGUCACCGAGCCGUCAGACCAGUCCAAGAGCCCCGUGCUGGGCCUCAACCUGUGGAAGCUGACCAAGCAGAUCCUCGAGCAGAAGAUCGGCGACCUGCCCUACACAAUGCAGGACGACGAGGUGCAUCCUCGCCACUUGAAGGAGCAGGGGCUUGUCGAUUAG